AGGCGGGGCGGGGUCUCUGCGCCGGGGCCGCGCCCGCCUCCCGGCGGUCACGGGAGAAGCGGGAAGGAGGCGCGGCGCCGGGUGCGGCGCGGGGGCUCUGGCGGCUCCGAGUCCGGCUCUCGCUGCCCGCCGCCGCCAUGGCCUCGCUCUUCAAGAAGAAGACGGUGGAUGAUGUAAUAAAGGAACAGAAUCGAGAGUUAAGAGGUACACAGAGGACUAUAACCAGAGAUCGAGCAGCCCUGGAGAAACAGGAAAAACAGCUGGAACUGGAAAUAAAGAAAAUGGCAAAGACUGGUAACAAAGAAGCCUGCAAGGUUCUAGCAAAACAGUUGGUGCAACUGCGAAAACAGAAAACUCGAACCUAUGCUGUUAGUUCCAAAGUCACCUCCAUGUCAACUCAAACAAAAGUGAUGAAUUCCCAGAUGAAGAUGGCAGGAGCUAUGUCAACCACAGCAAAAACAAUGCAAUCUGUUAACAAGAAGAUGGACCCUCAAAAGACGUUACAAACUAUGCAGAAUUUCCAGAAGGAAAACAUGAAGAUGGAAAUGACUGAGGAAAUGAUUAAUGAUACCCUGGAUGAUAUCUUUGAGGGCUCUGAUGAAGAAGAGGAAAGCCAGGAUAUUGUGAACCAAGUGCUUGACGAAAUUGGAAUUGAAAUCUCAGGAAAGAUGGCCAAAGCACCAUCUGCUGCCAGAGGCUUACCAUCUGCAUCAGCAUCAAAAACUACCACCAUUUCAGAUGAAGAGAUUGAACGGCAGCUCAAAGCUUUGGGAGUAGAUUAGCCUGAUGACAAUACACAGCCUGCCUUUUAACAAUUAUUCAACUACAGACAGAUGUGAAAUGUAUGCAUUUUCAACACAACUGAUGUACUUUGGUUUUAAGGAGAACUGAAGUCUUCAGAAAUAAGCUGAUUCACACCAAAAAAGGCUUAUUUCUUGCCAGAGAACCAUUAUUAGUGGCACUGAAUUCCUGAAAUUGUUUAAAAAAACUACUUUAUCAGAUGACAUGAAUAGAUAACUUGCAUGUGGGAUUUUUUGAACACCGGCUUGAGAUCUGAGGUAAACAGGUACAAGUACAUCCAUUUACACCAAGACUGAAGUUGGGCUGUGUUGCAUUCAAGAUUUAUCCCCACAACUUAGUUGCUUGAGCAGCACUGGCUUUUUUUAAUUUAUAAAAUGUCAGCUGGCAAGCAGACUUGGAAAAAUAACAAUUAUUAAACAAGAUCUUCAUCCAUUUAGCUUUUUUGAAAUUGUCAUCCUGUGAUUGUUGACAGUAUUUCUCUGGAUAAUAUUUGGAGUGUUUAUAAAAUCACUACACAUGGAAAGUUCUUAAAAUAUUUUAUGAUCUUGUCUUUACACUUUUAGUUUGAAAAGGGAUAACCUUUUUCUUUUGGUGAGAGAGAACCUUGAUACUCUAGUAAGCGUAGGCAAUUAUAUCUUUGUUUUUCAGGUGUCUUUAGUAAAUUUGAGUUGAUUCAUUCUUAGACAAUUGUACUACUUACUGAAGGGUAUGGGUGCAAUCCAGCUCUUGUUGACUUCAGUGGAAGAGGCUUGAACUAAAUAUUUUUAGUGAAUAUUUUGCAUGAAAGGCACUGAAUAAACUGUAUUGUACUGUAACAUAGCUAACUUCAACAGAAUUGUUGUGCCUUUGUGUAUAUAAAACCUUGCUAUAUGCUCCUGAUUUUUCAAAAUUGUAUUAAUUGUUGAAGGGUGAAGUAACUACUGUUAAGGCCGUUAUUGCCAGGUACAAAAUAUUCUGAAAAGUGGUAUCUACACUUGAUAGCAGUCCAUGCUGAAGUUCAUAUCUAAAGGACUUCAGCACUUGCAAAAGGAAUCCUGCCUGAAAUCUCAUUGUAUAUAUUUUACAGUACUUAUCCCCUAAUAGUAACUGUUUAAAGAUGCUGCAUUGUUUACUAAGGUACAUGUGAUUGCUUACUGGCAGGUGAAA